CGAGUUUUGGGGAAGCCGGACGUCCUUGAGCCUUCCCGCCAGGAGAGAUGGCGCCGUCUGCGCUAGAAUGCCCAAGGUCGAGAUGGCCAUUUCUCGCAAGAAGAAGGAGCAGACGGUCGAGAAGGCCCGCCAGCAGCUCGAGAACUGCAACCUCGUCGCCAGCAUCAACUACAAGCGAUUCACGGUCAAGCAGAUGUCGGACCUUCGCAGGAAGCUUCCCGAGAGCACGUCGCUGGUGGUGAUGAAGAACUCGCUACUGGAGAAGGCUAUAGAGGGGACGGAGUUCGAGGCGCUCAAGCCGGCCAUGACGGGCAUGAACGCCUUUCUCUUCGUCCACGGCGAGGAGAUCCCGCCUGCUCUCAAGCCCUUCAGGGAUCUGCAGAAGGAGUUGAAGCUGGAGGAGAACGACUUCACAGGCGCCGUGUUUGAGGGCAAGUUCUACAGCCCCGCAGACAUGGCCGCUCUUGAGACGCUGCCCAGCCGUGCUGAGGUGUACUCGAAGCUGCUGGGCGUCAUGCAGUCGCCCGCUAGAGACGUGGUUUCCACCCUCCAGGCGCCUGCUCGCGAUUUGAUCUUCACCCUCAAGGCCCAUGUGCAGAAGCUGGAGGAGGCCGAGGGCAGCCAAUGA